CUAUUAUAGCCCAUGUUUCUUAGCCUAAUGAUUUGACACUGCACUAAAGAGAGUGAGCCAUGCUGCUGAUAUGUACUAAUAGGAAAAAAGAAAAAGAAGAAGCAACCAAUGCCAGUAGUGCUUCCAUUACCAUCAAUACCCAUUGAUGAUGCUCCUCCAGAUGAUGCUAGUUGUGGAUACAUUGACAAGAUAUGCUAUAGCUCUGGACAACCGCUCUCAGUUAUACUACCAGAUAAUACCGGACAAGUAUAUUAUCCUUCAGAUAAUUUAGCAUUACUUCAAGUAACUCUUCAUCCAUCAAUCAACGUGUACUUAAUAUUCAAAGACAGCAAAAGAGGUGAUUUGAUUGGUUAUGUUGAUGAUUAUGGGAGGGGCUGGGUAAAGGGAGAUUAUUCAAUAAGGUUUCUGAGUACGCUACAUGAAGGUUUUCUGUUUGAUAAUUCUGGGAGGAGCAAGACGUGGGUUUGGUCCGAUAGUGGAACCUAUUCUCUUCACCUUCCUCUUGUGUUCAGACUAAACCAAUACCUCACUAUAAAAUACAACAAUCACGAUGACAUAAGUAUUACUCUCACGGCCCAACAGAAACAGCACAAGAUUCAGAUAAAAAGAGUCGUCACCAUGGCUGGGACAGGAAAACCCGCGGUUGAUAAAACUGUGAAAUAUUACAACAAAGAACUGGAGAAAAUGACACACAGAUUCAACUCACAUUUGAGCAGUUUCCAGCAGUCAAUAAAGCUGUACAACAGCUCAGGGAAAAGCAAGGUGUUGCCUCCAAUUAAUGGCAGUCGAACAAUUUUUAAAAGAGCAAGAAACAGCAGCGUUGGGACAGUAACGUUUCAACAAUAACGUAAUUUAAUCAAUGAUAAUAAUAAUAUAUAAUAUAUUAUUUAUAAUAAUUAUUAUUGUACAAAAGGAAUGUCUUUCAAAAACUUGAAAGGAUCUCAAUUUAAAAAAAAGAAACAAACACAGCAGCUCACAAAAGCACACACGCACAAUAAUUGACUAAUCACAAACAACAAAAAUAAUAAUAAUAAUAAUAAUAAUAAUAAAUCGGCCAUAGACACGCCCACCCAAACACACAGUCGUACAGAAGAUUGUUUUAAAUUUCCUAA